AUGCUCAAAUCAAUCCGAGACUGUAUCUUCGGCACCCUAGAGGAUGAGCCACAUACUCUCACCGAUGGCCGAUCUCCCGAGUCCAUCGCUUCGGACAUUCUUACCAAAAUACUCAACGCGGACACGCGCGACUCACUCCACAAACAAUUGAGAGAAGAGGUUUCUGCCUAUAGCUGGUCCGAAGCUAUCGCAAAGGCUCUUCUACACGGCUUGGUGAAUGCUAUCGAAGCCGGCACGGAAAUGGCUCAAGCAGCUGCUGAUGCAGCGGCCAAAAGCAAGGAGGCUGCUAUCGACUUUGCGAUCGAGCAUCCUGUAUAUGCUACCUUGAUUGCAUUGGGUAUUUUGGCCCUGUUGACGCCGUGGACUCUGGAAAUCCUUGGUUUCGGGGAGUUGGGUCCGAUUGAAGGUUCGUGGGCGGCAGCAUGGCAGAGCCGUUGGUAUGCUGAGGGUGUGCCCAAGAAAGCUUUGUUUACAUACUUCCAGAGGCUGGGCAUGACAUGGCACUGGACCUUUUAA